CAGAGUAGAGGAAAGCUUCUUUGGAGGAAAACACGAUUGUAGCUCGUUUUCUACAGCACUACGAAAGAAAAGAGGCAUGAUUUGUGUAAUAAAAAUGUUUUGCUUGUGAGCUACUGAACCUCGAAUCUGCGAAUAUCUUGCCAACUUUACUGAACUCGAAAAGCUCAAGUCAUUGCUGUGGACUGACUGUUAAGACAGAGGUGGAUUUGAAAAAAAAAAAAAAAAAGCUCAGAUAAUUCCUAACUCACUCUGUGGAUCAACAUCUGUAUCUGUUUUUAGAUGAAACCAUGACCUCCAGAAUGAAUCUCUCUGAAGUACAUGAAACAAAGAUAAAGACAGUCAAGAGUCUGUUGCAGAAUGAAUCUCCUGAACCCAGCUGUGUGUCCAUGAAGAGUGACCAGUCAAUGAAUCAGCCAAUUGGAUUCAGUUUGGGAGAAUCAUCUGCUGAUCUGAGUCAAAAACAUAAAGGAUCAGAUUCACAUCCAGCAAAGAAGAACUUAGACUCCAUUUUCAAGGAGCUUGAGCAGAAAAUCAUGUCUGUGAUGAAGAGUGAGUUAAAAAGCUUUAAGAGACUACUGAGUCCAGAUUACCCAGAAUGCUCUGAAAGAGACCAUUAUGAUGAUGAGGGUCAUAACAGAGUCAGAGAGGGGCUUCUGAAGAUCACACUGAUCAUCCUGAGGAAGAUGAACCAGACAGACCUCGCUAACACACUACAGACCAAACUGAUGCCUGUGUGUCAACAAAAACUCAAAUCCAGACUACAGGACAAAUAUCAGAGAAUCAGUGAAGGAAUGUCCAAUCAUGGAGACUCAACACGUCUGAAUGAGAUCUACACAGAGCUCUACAUCACAAAGGGAGGGAGUGGAGAGAUCAAUAAUGAACAUGAGGUGAGACAGAUUGAGACAGUGUCCAGGAGACCAGAGACACAGGAAACACCAAUCAACUGCAAUGACAUAUUUAAACCCUCACCUGGACAAGACAAACCCAUCAGGACUGUGCUGACUAAAGGAGUCGCUGGAAUUGGAAAAACAGUCUCUGUGCAGAAGUUCAUCCUGGACUGGGCUGAAGGAAAAGCCAAUCAGGAUGUUCAUUUUAUAUUUCCACUUCCUUUCAGGGAGCUGAAUUUGAUACAAAAAAAUCUUAGUCUUAAGCAACUUCUAAAUCACUUUCACACUGAAACCAAAGAAUUUAAGUCAGCAGAUUAUGAUGAUUACAAAGUCAUAUUCAUAUUUGAUGGUCUGGAUGAGUGUCGACUACGUCUAGAUUUCCAAAACAAUCGGAGCUUGUCUGAUGUAACAGAAUCAGCCUCAGUGGAUGUGCUGCUGACCAACCUCAUCAAGGGGAAUCUACUUCCUUCUGCUCUCCUCUGGAUCACCUCUCGACCAGCAGCAGCCAAUCAGAUCCCUCCUGAGUGUGUCGACCAGGUCACAGAGGUACGAGGAUUCAACGACCCUCAGAAGGAUGAAUAUUUCAGGAAGAGAAUAAACGAUCAGAGUCUGGCUGAUAGAGUCGUCACACACAUCCGAUCAUCAAGAAGUCUGUUCAUCAUGUGUCACAUACCAGUCUUCUGCUGGAUUUCAGCCACUGUUCUAGAGAGGAUGAUGGGUAAAGCAGAGAGUGCAGAGAUUCCCAAGACUCUCACACAAAUGUUCACACACUUCCUGAUCUUUCAGACCAAACUGAAGACACAGAAGUAUGAUGGAAAAUAUGAAAUCGAUCCUGAUCAGGCUAGAAAGACUAUUCUGUCUCUAGGAAAACUGGCUUUUAACCAGCUGGAAAAAGGGAACCUGAUCUUCUAUGAGGAGGACCUGAAAGAGAGCGGCAUUGAUGUCAGAGAAGUGUCAGUGUACUCAGGAGUUUGUACCCAGAUCUUCAGUGACGAGUUUGGACUGCAGCUGGGGAAGGUGUACAGCUUUGUUCAUCUGAGUAUUCAGGAGUUUCUUGCUGCUUUAUUCAAGCUGCUGUCCUUUUCUAAACAAAACACAGGACUGAUGAAUGUGUUCAGGUCACCAAUGACCAGUUUACUGAAGGGAGAAGUGGACAAGGCCUUACAGAGUGAGAACGGACACUGGGAUCUUUUUCUCCGGUUCCUUCUCGGUCUCUCACUAGAGUCUAAUCAGACUCUCUUACAAGACCUCCUGAGAAAGACAGUAAGCAGCUCUGAUAUCAGUCAGGAAACAGCUGAAUACAUCAAACAGAAGAUCAGGGAGAAUCACUCUCCAGAGAAAUCCAUCAACCUGUUCCACUGUCUGAAUGAACUGAAUGAUCGUUCACUAGAGCAGGAAGUCCAAACAUACCUGAGCAGAACAGGUGACUAUUGUCUCUUUGGAGUCAAACUGUCUGCUGCUCAGUGGUCGGCUCUGGCGUUUGUGCUGUUGAACUCAGAAAAAGAGCUGGAUGAGUUUAUACUCAGUAAAUAUGAUCCAUCAGAAAAAUGUCUCCUGAGGCUGCUGCCAGUGAUCAAAGCAUCUAGAAAGGCUGAUCUUUCUAACUGUCGCAUUUCACAGAAGGGCUGUGCUGCUCUGGUUUCAGCUCUGAGAUCAAACCCCUCACACCUGAGAGAACUGAAUCUGAGCUGUAAUACACUAGGAGACUCAGGAGUGAAGCUGCUUUCUGCUCUACUGGAGGAUCCACACUGUAAACUGGAGAAACUACAGCUGUGGGGUUGCAAUAUUGGAGAGGAAGGCUGUUUUGAUCUGAUUUUAGCUCUGGGAUCAAACCCCUCACACCUGAAAGAACUGGAUCUGAGCUGGAAUAAACCAGGAGACUGGGGAGUGAAGCUGCUCUCUGCUCUACUAGAGGAUCCACACUGUAAACUACAGAAACUAGUGCUGUGGUACUGCAGUAUUGGAGAGGAAGGCUGUGCUGCUCUGAUUUCAGCUCUGAGAUCAAACUCCUCACACCUGAGAGAACUGAGUCUGAGCUUUAAUAAACCAGGAGAGUCAGGAGUGAAGCUCCGCUCUGCUCUACUGGAGGAUCCACUCUGUGAACUGAAGAAACUAUAUAUUUGACAGUGGAAAGUCAACAAGCUCCAAACAAGUGAAUCAAAACAACACAUCCUGAACAAUACCUUCACUUGGACAAAUACAGAUGAUACCAUAGUUUCAUAUGUGAAGCAUUUUUGUGCAUUUUCAUUCAGCCUAGAUUUGUUUUUUUUUUCCAGUCUCAUUGGAACAUUUUUUUAAUAAGUAGAUUGGACAUACUACCUGCACUAUAAAAUUUUUAGAGUGACACUACAGUAUACUACAGGUUAAUAAUUGCAUUACUUUCACUGUAAUUCCACAGUGGGACUUCUCUUGUAUCUAUGUAAACUUUCAGAAAUUUCUUGUAAACAAACAUCAUCAUACUGUGUUUCCACAAUGCAGAUGUACUAUGAAUGUUCCCAGCAUGCAAUGCAGCAUGACAAAAUUUUGCUUUACAUUUUUUUUGUGUUACUAAACUUUUUUUUGUUUCACUUUUAACAGCUUGUGUUGUUUAUUUUGUUUUGUUAGUUUAUAUUGUAAGUCUUGUUUUUAUUUGUUGAGUGUUACCAUUGUUGCAUUGUAUGUCAAUAAUUGAUGUCACAUCUUUCAAAAAUGGUUAUCAGCAGUUGCUUUGCUAGUGUGAAAAAUCUAUCCACAAACAGUUAUGAAUAAGAAAUAAGUUGUUGAU